GACCUCUACUCACCAUGGUGAUGUUCAAGAAAAUCAAGACCUUCACCGUCGCCUUCAGCGAGCCCGAGAAAAUCUACACCAGCGGGGAGAAGGUGGCCGGCCGGGUGGCCGUGGAAGUGGCCGAAGUCACCCGGGUUACCUCGGUCAAAAUCUUGGCUUGCGGGGUGGCCAAGGUCUUGUGGAUCAAAGGGCCCCAGCAGUGCAAGCAAGAGAUGAAGUAUCUUCGUUACGAAGACGUCCUCACGCUGGAUGAUCAUCCCGUUGAUACAGAUGGCUCUGUGAUUCUGAGGCCGGGGAACACCUAUGAAUACAAGUUUGGAUUUGAGCUGCCACAAGGACCUCUUGGUACUACCUUCAAGGGGAAAUACGGCUGCGUUGAUUAUUGGGUGAAGGCUUUCCUGGAUCGCCCAUCUUUCCCAACUCAAGAGAUAAAGAAGCACUUUGAAGUUAUGGAUCAGAUUGAUGUCAACACUCCAGACUUGAUGUCACCUGUCUCUGCCAAGAAGGAAAAGAGAGUUUCCUGCAUGUUCAUUCCUGAUGGUCACAUAUCUCUUAGUGCCAGGAUUGAUCGCAAAGGGUUCUGUGAAGGUGACGACAUCUGCAUAAGCGCCGACUUUGAGAACACUUGCUCCCGAAUUGUGGUGCCUAAGGCAGCCAUCAUUUCCAAGCACACCUACUUGGCUAACGGGCAAACCAAGGUCUUCACCCAGAAACUGUCCUGUGUCCGGGGCAACCACAUUGUCUCCGGCAUGUCGGAAACUUGGCGUGGCAAGACCCUCCGAGUCAAGAAAAUCAAACCAUCCAUCCUGGGCUGCAACAUCUUGCGUGUAGAGUACUUCCUACAGAUCUAUGUCAGUGUUCCAGGUUCCAAGAAGAUCAUCCUAGAGCUGCCCCUCGUCAUUGGCAGCAAGUCUUCUGGCAUUGGCAGCCGUAGCUCCAGCAUGGCCAGCCAGGCUAGUUCAGAGAUGAGCUGGGUGGACCUCAACAUCCCUGAUGCCCCAGAAGCACCUCCUUGCUAUCUGGACAUUGUCCCUGAAGAUCACCGCCUGGAGAGUCCUACCACCCCUCUUCUAGAUGAGCUGGACAACUCCUUUGACAGUCCCAUCUUCAUGUACGCACCAGAGUUCAAGUUCAUGCCUCCACCAACCUACACAGAGGUGGAUCCUUGCAUUGCCAACAAUAACGUUCAGUGAGCACCAGCUAAAGAGGAAGUAACUUUUGCACAGUUGUCUUCUCCAGCCUUUUCUGGACUCAUUUAAGUAUUGCACUCACAGAUUGCACCAGGUGGAAAAUUCCUGAUUUUUUUUUUCAAAAGGGAAGAUUUCAUGGUGGCAGGACACUCCGUGGUCUUGCAGGAAAGAAAGCAGCUGCCAGCAAGGAGUAGAAUUGCAAGGCUGUUUUCCUUUAAUGCCUUUUGUCCAAAGUGACUUGGCGUAGGCGAAGAGAAGCCUCUAGUGUCAGUGGUGGAGAUUGGUUUCUCUACUUCCUCCCCCAAAAGGCUUUAAGAACUCCCCCCCUCAAACCAUCAGGUGCUGAAAUAAAACUCCUAAAAAAUAAAAACUUUGGGGUAGGAGCAUACAGGGGAGUUCAUACAAGUGGGGAGCAUAUGGUGUUUUCCUGUAGAUGAAGGGAAAAACUAACAGAUUAUGGGAUAUAAGAGAACAGAACAUGGCUAUGUGCCACAGAUGCAUGUAUCAGUAACUUUUUGUAUCCGUGAUCAGAAGUGUUUUGAACCUUAUGAUCUAGCUACAGACAUUGGGAGGGGGUUAUGUCUGACAAUUUCAAUACUAAAACAAGCUUUUUAAAAAUAUGUUGCUUCCUGAACAAAUGUUUUUCUUUAAAAAUUUAACACUUUAACCUCUUGGAAGGGGGGCUCUUAUUGGUGGGAGAAGAGUUAGGAUGUUUUGUAAGUGUUGUCAGAGAUGCUGGAUUGUCUUGUUGGUGCUAGAUGAAGAAGGGAAGAGGUGAAAAUAGAAGGAUUUAGCAAGUAGUAGAAAGUGUUGCUCUUUUAUACCACCGAAAUACUCCAGGUGGAUGAGAGAACAGGCCCAAGAAGGGGGAGAGCUCCUAUUUCUUAAAAUGCAAUGGUUUGUAUUUCUGAAUGUUCUUUUUGUUUUGUCAUUUAACAAGCAAACUUGUAUACCGCUUACAAGUGUAUCUGUUCAAAAGUGGCCAGUUUUGAAAAGUCUCAAAAGCUGACCAUUUACGUAGCACUUAAUUUUUCCUGUAUUUAUGUUUUAACUUGACUUUGACAUCUCCUAAGUAUAAACAAGCCAUUUUUUUGGGGGGGGGGUUAAGGGAGAAGAAUCACUGUGCUUAUUUUCUUAUUUUGUAUCUCUGGUUUUGUUGUUGUCGUCUUGUAUUAUGUGGAUAAACCAGUGUUGAUAACCCUUGGGGGGGAAGGGGCGACAACAAAAAAUGGCAGCAGCCUCUCAUAGUGCAGGGAUGAAAUUUGAGGCCUUGAAGGAAGGCAGUCUUCCUUGUGUCUUCCUGUUGCAGUGAGAACUCUCAGGCAUUCCCUUGCUGCCUUGGUGUCAAAAACGCCCAGCAAUAUCAAAAUGCACUAGACCCAAAGACCAAUGGUGCCAAAAGCAGGCUUUUACUCCCAUGCACAGCUGACAAAUAUGAGUAAAAACCGUAUGCCUCAUAUCCAUAGCUGAAGGCUGACUUAAAUCACAGUGCAAAACUGUUUUGCUUCUGGGCUGCUCUUCUGUCAACUCCCCCCCCCCAAAAAAAAAACACUUGGUUUAUCCCCCACUGACAGAGUAAAAUGCACUUUUUAAAAAACAAUGUAUUUGUUAAUAGCACUGCAUAUCUAAAGUGUUAACUGAUUCCAGGCUUUGGCAGUCUACCGAACUCUGUUGUU